AUGCAGGAUCUCCUGAAACUCUCCAUCUUCUUUGUCCUCCUUACAACAGGUGCUUCUUUGGAGUGUGAAGUUUGUUAUGGCCUUGGGACCAGAUGCAGUGGCAGGAUGGCGACCUGUUCUCCUAAGAAAGACACCUGUGUCGUUGCAUUUGCUGAAACUACUCUGGAAGAACAUAAAAUUCACACUGUAGAGAAAACCUGCGAUUCUUCCAAGGUCUGCUCCACUCCCCCAACGUACUUUGUUUUUGGGUUGGGGAGAACCUACAGGAUGUACUUGGUCUGUUGCACGGGGGACAACUGCAAAAAUGCCAGGCCUAAAUUACCCCAAGUAGAAAAGAAAGUCAAUGGAAAGCAGUGCCCUACCUGUUACUCCUCGUCAGACGUGUGCCAUGCAAAGGUGGUGAAUUGCACCGGCUUGGAGAGCUACUGCUUUGACGUGGCCACAACCACCUAUAUUAGUGCGGACAUUGUUAAAAAGGCCACCUGUACUCCAGAGAUUUCAAGGGGAUCUCAGUCCUCUGCGCUCCUUCUGCCAACCUUUCCGGUGCUUCUGCUGCAGAAGAUCCUUUCGUAA